AUGUCGAGCGCUGAUGAAACGGAUGAUCCGAAUCUGGUGGUCAUACCGGUUGAGAAUUAUCUCAGCGAUGGCGACAAAUCAAAAUGGCCUCCUCUAGGUGGUCCCCUGGACUAUCGUGUAAUCGAUGAUACUAAGUGGAGAAUGGCACUCGCUACGAUGUGGGUAACCAAGACGGGGGCCCAAGAAGAGGGUAUCUCAUACAUUCUUGAAAACCUGCCAGAGGGCUACGGGAUUGUUGACCGAAUGCGAGUUUCGAACCCAGCAUUUCGCGACUCGUUUCUCUACGGUCAUCCCAGUGGGCUCUACUUCCAGUCUCGGGUGACCUUUUUUCUCCACUUCUUUUGGUUGAUGAGUGGCAGAAGUGGCACUUGCCAGUGUGUGCCUUGCUCGAAAUCUAACGGGGGCCCGGGUCCGGUAAAAGGAAAAGGAAAGCGACGAAGACGUCGCACCAAAGCUGAAAUGGAAGCUGCCAGGGCCUCAGGGAAUCAAGACACAAUGCCUAGCGUCCCCCGCCGACAAGAUAGCAUUUCCGAGGAAGAUGAAACAAAUGAAUCCCAUCAUAAAGACGGCCCUGAUUAUUGGAAGAUCCAUAUCAAUCGACUGAAAGAGAAAACCAAGCUGGAUGAAGUGAUCCACCAUCCCCGCAAUUUCGACUGGGUCCUGACGCAUGAGUGGUUAACUGAUUAUUUCGUUCGAUUGAAGCUCCAAGCUGCUUUUAUUCCACGACGAGGCGAGGUCGUACUUUGGACUCACGAACUUAAGGGACAACUAGAGUGGAACCAAGAAGCAAAAUGCUACAUGGUCCACGAAGACGAUAAAUGGAUCGCUCCCGAGUGGCGUGCCGGAAUUGUCACCCAAAUCCCAGAAGAAACUACAAGCUUCUUGGAUAUAACCCAAGUUACCAGCAAAGCGAACGCUUCACUUAGCUAUUGGGGAUUUCGCGUCGAAACCCUCCCCGAUCCUAUUGGCGAUGACAAGUCUCUCUCCCUGCAGUCCAAAUACGUCCCACUCAGCUGCAUCAAACCAUUUAACACUUUCGAAAGAUUCCUGUACGGAGUUCCGCGUGGGGCUCUUCACCCUUCCAUUGAAUACGCCAUGACAACUAUGGCCUCGUGGAGUCUCUUAUCCCACACGCGCUUCACAGGGACCUGGCCCAAUGCCAGACUCUACAGUCGGGGAAUUUUUAUCGGCGCUGAACUAUGUGCCAUCCAAGACGCUGUGCGCCUCAAGCCAUUCAGAUUUAAACAAGAGGAUAUGGAAGAGAAUGGAGCCGUCAAACAUCCAGAACACGACCCCGUCGAUGUGAUGAUCAUUGAAAAAAUAUGGCUACAACUCACUAAUUGCAACGAAACCCCCGAUGAUCCCCAGCUCGCACAGGAAUGCACACCCUUGAUCGCAGGCAAGGUCUACACGCGCGAUCCAAACCGGCUAACCCGCCACAUGCCAUUCCAGAAUGACCCGCUUGAGAAAAUGACAUUUGACGAGGUCUCAAACGCCUUCAGACAAGUCGGAAUGAGCAACUACGGCGACUGGUAUCGUGUCGCAGGUGGAAAGACAUGCGCCGUUACCCCACCGAUGAUUCUAGGACGAUGCUACGAACCCGAAGCUACAAUGCUUCAUUUCGGAAGUUAUCGGCUCGACUAUGAUCUCCACGGAACCCUAAAUGGACGUCGCUACUCCAGCGAAGUGGACACACGAAUCCCUGAAGGCGUAGACUGGUUUUGGGGCGACUACCGAGCCGAGACGCUUGGCCUUGCAACAUCGAACGGGGUCGAGGUCGGUGAUUCUGCCGAGCAGCGCGAGAAUCCAUCGCGAUGGCAAGCUAUUCUUCGAAUUCUCGAUGGUUCCUCUUCCGCUAAGGAUAUCAAACAAGCCGAGUUUCCACGCCGAGUCGGACGACCUUCCAUUAAGAAGUUCGGAAAUGUUGGGAAGACUAGUAGUCUUGUCAGCACUGGACUUGGGGAAAUUUCUCGAUCGGCAUCUAGUGAUCUGGUGGAAGAUUCAAUGAUGGAUGGCAUGGAUGAUAAUUCAUCUGAGGCGGGUCUUACUUUGAGCGAGCUAUUAGCGCCUAUUCCGUUUCAUGGUGGUACUAAAGAGACAGAAGGGGGAGACUAUCAUCCUCCCGGUGAAUAA